AUGAAAGAUGUUUACCGCAAGGCCCUGGUCGAAUGUUGCACCCCGCUGAGCAAGGCCCUGGUCAAAUGUUGCACCCCGCUGAGCAAGGCCCUGGUCAAAUGUUGCACCCUGCUGAGCAAGGCCCUGGUCAAAUGUUGCACCCCGCUGAGCAAGGCCCUGGUCAAAUGUUGCACCCCGCUGAGCAAGGCCCUGGUCGAAUGUUGCACCCCGCUGAGCAAGGCCCUGGUCAAAUGUUGCACCCCGCUGAGCAAGGCCCUGGUCAAAUGUUGCACCCUGCUGAGCAAGGCCCUGGUCAAAUGUUGCACCCCGCUGAGCAAGGCCCUGGUCAAAUGUUGCACCCCGCUGAGCAAGGCCCUGGUCAAAUGUUGCACCCCGCUGAGCAAGGCCCUGGUCAAAUGUUGCACCCCGCUGAGCAAGGCCCUGGUCAAAUGUUGCACCCCGCUGAGCAAGGCCCUGGUCAAAUGUUGCACCCCGCUGAGCAAGGCCCUGGUCAAAUGUUGCACCCCGCUGAGCAAGGCCCUGGUCAAAUGUUGCACCCCGCUGAGCAAGGCCCUGGUCGAAUGUUGCACCCCGCUGAGCAAGGCCCUGGUCCAAUCAGGAGGGUGGUACUUAAGUUCCUUGUGCUAA